GUACGCCAAGGUAAAGGAAUUGGUAAAGAAUUGCUGCCUAUGUACAAUGAAGCCACUGGAAAAAUGCAGAGUUCGCAAUUGAAGCUAAAAACACUCUUCAAGUGUUUAUCAAAUCCAGUUUUCACCUUACAGGCAUUUUUAGAGGUACAUGAUUUAUUUCUACUUUAUCUUUGUUUCAGUAGCAUGUUGUGUAUCACAACGUUAUAACUGCAUCGACUGUGUUUUUGCGUUUUAAUUUAAUCAAUUACAACUGAGCGCACUCGCGCUACGACAGUAGGCUACAGCUGAAGGUGCGAUUUCAAUCUGGCCGCACUGAUCUGAAAACUGGGACAGGAUAGAGUAUCUUUUUGAAUUCAGUUAGUCAGUUUUAAAACCAGAAUAUUUAUGAGAUGAAUAAUUAAAGUCUGUCAGAAACUCUGCAAAUGUAACUUUAAAGAUACUUCCCACAUCUCUUCUAAUGAGUUUUAAAAUGUUUUCAACACUAGACAAGACUUAUUAUAAGAAUUAACCCUUAAUUCUUCGUGUGAUCUUCUUAGUUAUUCACGGACAAGAUUAGGGGGGGGGGGGAGGCACUGUUGCUUUAUUUAUGCUUAGCGGGUUCACUGAUAAGUCCUAGUUUUCAGACCAGUUGUCUUGCGACUAAAAUUGAAGCGUGUGCGCCCAUGCAGCUUUAUAAGGGUAUCUACACAGGAUGUAUAGUUUAAAAGUCCACUAAACUGAAAAUUCGCAAAAUUUGUGACGAUUUUAUGUUAUUAUGGGUAGUUUGGGGAUUUUUUGCAUGAUAUCUCUAUCAGAAAAUUAUUCUGGAAAAGUACAUUUUCCAGUUCAGCUGCAGGGCUGUUUCUUCACAUAUGUUCACAUUAUAGAAAAAAAAUAAUGCAUAGGCCUACAAUACUUUAUGUUCAUUUAAUAUUUGAGAUUAUUACAGUAUAUUAUAUCUAUUGUAACUUUUUUUAGGCAGCAUCAGAGUACCAUAUCUGUUCCCUGUUAACUAUGUCAGAAAAUUUGGAUCAAGAUAUUGAUGAAGCUACCGUUGAUCAACUUUUACGCAAGUGGAAACAUGAUAACGCUGUACCAAAAGAAUUGAAAGGUUUGUUAACAUUGUGUUGUUAGCAUAUACAUAUAGAAACUAAGUACAAAUUUAGUAAGUUAUUUGCAAAUUUCUUUAGCAUUCGCCAAUUAUCUUAAUCAUUCAGCAACACCUGAAAUUGGGUCGAAAAGUUGUAAUGUGUGAACCUAUACCAUUAUUACUUUAAUUUUGUAGAAUAUCUGAAAAGCAGCUUAAAGCGAUGGCUACCAAAAACCAAAAUUCAAGAAAGAUUUCGAAAUUAUAAGAAGGAGGCAGACUCUGAUUACGGCAAAAAGAAUAGGUAAAAAUUGUCCUCAAUGCCUGCUUGAUGUGGGAUUUUAAGUCUUAACUCUCCUAAAGCGGGA